UCAAGCGUGUUGAGUUAUUUGAAGCGCAGCGUUGAUUUAAGUUUUUCUAGCGCUGAGCUAAUUAGUUUAGUUGUUCAUUGGAUUGUAAAUUUUCUGCCUUUAAAUUGUUAAAAUAUUGCAUAUUUACUCAAGUGAUUGCCGAUAUUCAAGUGAUGGCCGAUACACUCGAAUACAGUGAUAUUACCGCAGAAGUGCGCGGCGUGCUGACACCCGGCCGUUUAAAACUCACCGAUCAACACAUAAUUUUCAAAAAUAAUAAAACGGGCAAAGUAGAACAAAUUGCAGCAGACGAUAUAGAUUUGAUAAAUGCGCAGAAGUUCGUUGGGAAUUGGGGUUUACGUAUAUUUACCAAGAGUGGCUCGCUGCACCGCUUUUGCGGUUUUCGCGAUUCGGAACAUGAAAAGUUGGGGAAAUUCUUGAAGAAAGCCUAUAAGCAAGAUAUGGUUGAAAAGGAGAUGUGUGUCAAGGGUUGGAAUUGGGGUACGGCACGAUUUCUUGGCUCUGCGCUCAGUUUUGACAAGGACAGCAAAACUAUCUUUGAAAUACCAUUGCAGCACGUGUCCCAAUGUAUGACAGGUAAAAAUGAAGUGACAUUAGAAUUUCAUCAGAGCGAUGAUGCACCGGUCGGUUUGCUAGAAAUGCGCUUCCACAUUCCGGCUGUAGAGUCUGCGGAAGAAGAUCCAGUCGAGAGUUUCCAGAACAACGUAAUGAGCAAGGCUUCGGUGAUAUCGGCUUCUGGCGAUGCGAUUGCUAUAUUCCGCGAAAUACAUUGCCUUACGCCGCGUGGUCGCUACGACAUCAAGAUCUUCUCCACCUUCUUUCAACUGCACGGUAAAACUUUCGAUUACAAAAUACCCAUGGAUUCUGUGCUGCGCCUUUUUCUGUUGCCACACAAAGAUAAUAGGCAAAUGUUCCUUGUGCUCUCACUGGAUCCACCAAUCAAACAAGGUCAGACACGCUAUCACUUCUUAGUGUUGCUAUUUGGUCCGGAAGAGGAGACCUCUAUCGAGUUGCCCUUCUCCGAUGAAGAGUUGAAAGAAAAGUAUGAAGGAAAAAUCGAGAAAGAACUCUCUGGCCCACUGUAUGAGGUAAUGGGUAAAGUGAUGAAGGUAUUGAUUGGGCGCAAAAUCACCGGACCUGGAAAUUUCAUUGGACACUCUGGCACUGCGGCCGUUGGUUGUUCAUUCAAGGCUGCCGCCGGUUAUCUCUAUCCGCUUGAGCGUGGAUUUAUCUACAUCCACAAGCCACCAGUGCAUAUACGCUUUGAAGAAAUCGCCUCGGUGAACUUUGCACGUAGUGGUGGUUCCACGCGCAGCUUUGACUUUGAGAUUACCUUGAAAAAUGGCACCGUACACACAUUCAGUUCCAUCGAAAAGGAAGAGUAUGCCAAACUCUUUGACUACAUACAACAAAAGAAAUUGCGUGUCAGCAAUAUUGGCAAAGAUAAGGGCGGCUACAAUGAUGUAGACUUUGGUGAUUCGGACAAUGAGAAUGAACCAGAUGCCUAUUUGGCACGCGUGAAAGCUGAAGCGCGUGAAAAGGAAUCGAACGAUGAUGAUGAAGGAUCUGACGACGAGUCAACCGAUGAAGACUUCAAACCAAAUGAAGCGGAAUCAGAUGUGGCGGAGGAAUACGAUAGUAAUGUACAAAGCGAUAGCGAAGACUCGGACGCCAGCGAAGGUGGUGGCGGCGGUGCUGGCAGUGACUCGGGCGCAGAAAAGAAGCAAAAACCUAAAAAAGAGAAGAAGGAAAAGAAGGAGCGCAAAGAACGUGUGAAGAAAACGAGCAAAACCAAAAAAGAUGCUAACAAACCGAAACGUGCCACAACAGCAUUCAUGUUGUGGCUCAACGAUAGCCGCGAACAAAUCAAAAAAGACAAUCCAGGCAUCAAAGUAACUGAGAUUGCAAAGAAGGCAGGUGAAAUGUGGAAGGAGCUAAAAGAUAAGUCGAAAUGGGAUGAAUUGGCAGCUAAAGAUAGGCAGCGCUAUCAAGACGAAAUGAAAGAUUACAAACCAGCGCCUAGCGAGGAUGCUGACGACAAGUCGUCUGGUGCGGCCAAGAAGCGCAAGAAGGAAACGCCAACGAAAAAAUCGCCGGCUAGUGCUGGUGGCUUCAAGAGCAAAGAAUACAUUUCCGAUGAUGAAUCAUCUUCAGAUAAUGAAGACAAAAAGGGUAAACCGGGCGCUGACUCGGAGCCAGAGAAAAAGAAGAAGAAAACUGCCGAUAAAUCUAAAGUUGAUAAGGACAAGAAAAAGAAGAAGGAGGAAAGCGAAGAGGAGAGUGAGGGCUCUGCGAGUGGUGGUAGCGAAGAGGAGGACGAAAUUGAGGAAGACGAAGCUACAGAUGACGGCGAAGGCAGUGACUAGGUGGUGCUUAGUCAAUAGCAAAUAUGGUUUAAUUAUAAUUUAUACUUCGUCUCAUUUGUAGUUUAAGCGCUUAGUUUUGUGGUACUUCCCAUAUAUUUAUGUGAAUGUUAAAGCACUUAGUUGUUACCGAUGUAUCAGUGAUGAGAA